AUGUCUGACAGCUUUUACCCGAGACCAAUGCGCCUGGGCACGCGAAGCUGUGCGGAGUGCCGGAGGCGGAAAGUCCGAUGCGUUUUCCCAGCCGCGCAUCCGCCGUGCCAGCAAUGCGACCAGCGCGGCAUCCCGUGCACUGCUCAGCAGCCAGGGGGGCAGAAUAUUGAGUCGUCGGGUCCCCUAUUGUCCCUGGGAGAUGAGCAGUUGAAGCAGCGGCUCGCCGACAUUGAAAUCAACGUGCGCGAUAUCUGGGCUAGCCUGAGUCAGAGGGGCGCUUCUCCGUCGCUCAAGGGGCUACUGCCAGGGGCUCCAUCCACAACGGUUAGUGUGGAAGACAAUGUUGGUAUAGGCUUGCAGUCGAAGCUUGAUGUUGAGAACACGGCCCACGCUACCAUGCCCAACAAGUCCAACAAGGCGGAUGACGGCUGUGGCUUCCCAGACGCGCCGCUGAUCACCCUGGUCAAGGCAGCCAGCAUGACGGAAGAACUGCAGUUUGCUUCCUCUGAACCGUCGAUCAAUGGCAACAGGGCCAGCGACGCUGUCCAUGUGCCCGAAUUUCUGAUGCUACAGGACGACGAACUGUUGACAGUCCUUGCGGCGACGGUACAAUAUUGGCCCAUCUGGCCACCCUGGCAAUAUGGUGCCCUGCCUCAGACCAUGCGCACUCUCCAGACCGGCGGGGUCGAAUUUGCCGCUCGAUUUUUGUCCCACAUGGUGAGGUCCAGCCACCCUUGCAUCUCGGCCAAGGCCUUGCUCUGGCUGUCGCUGUGUAUUCAACAGGCGCCAAAGACGCUGCAGCUCGCAUGGUGUGGAUUAUCGCAGGAGGCUCUUCUCGCAUCGUACAUGCAAAAAGCCGACAGCCUGCUGACAUCUGCCAGCACGGGUGAAACGCUACACGGUAUCGAGGCUCGACUCAUCCAGCAGAAGCUCUACAUGGACAUGGGUUGCCCGCGCCAGGCCUGGCUCAGCAUCCGCCGCGCUGCCGAUUGGGCAUUGCUCCUGCGUCUCCAUCGCACCCCAGCCCAAAAAAGAGGCGGUAGCCGUGAAGCAGCCAUCUGGACCGAGAUCUGGCAUCUCGAGACCAGCAUCGCGUUGAUCCUAGGCCUACCGAGCACAAUUCCCACCCCCACCCCGAGUUCCGGUCCGCAGCCGCGGGGCGACCACGACGACGGCGGCGGCUGCGACAGCCAGCUUCAAACACUCCAGCACAGAUUGUGCUACCUGGCCACAUCCGUUGUCUCCAGGAACCAGAGCCCGCAGCCGAGCUACCUUACCACCGUGCAGAUCGGCCACGAGCUCGAAGGGUGUCGGGCCCUCAUGUCCGACAGCUGGUGGCACGACCCGCCGCCACCGGACCAGCCUUUUGCGCAGUUGUACGCCCAGCAGGUGACAAAGGUUCAGUAUUUUCUCAUCACUAAGCUUCUGCACCUGCCUUUUAUGCUCAGCGCCGACACCGAGUACGAGUUCAACCAGGCAUCGGCCGUCGCCGCGUCGCGCGGCCUGAUCGGCGCUUAUCUCGGCCUGAGGAGCUGCGACAGGGGCCGGUUUGUCAUGUGCGAGUCACUCGAGUUUCAGGCCUUCAGUGCCGGCAUCACGCUGCUGAUCCGCCUGUUGUCACCUGUGCCCCGGAGAAGGCCAGGCGACGAUGGCAACAACGACGAAGACUGGCCGCUCAUCGAGGCGCUGACUACGACACUAAGGUGCACAGAGGAUCUGAUGCGGUGCAAUGUUGCCAGACAGGCUGCCGAGGUGCUGGGCCUCCUCACGCAGGCGGCGCGGGGUACCUACGCCGGCCCAGACAGGUACGACGUUAUCCUACCGUACUUUGGCAAGAUCACCAUUACCCUGUCGCGGGGCCGAAAGACGGAUAUUCUAGGAGGGUGGGAUGAGUGCUACCAGCAGCAACAGCGGCCGGCGUCUUCUUCAUUUGGCACCAUCGAGUUUAGCACAAACCCCUUCGACCUCGUACACUUUUCUGGAAACCUGGAGGGAGAACUUGGCGGCGAUUGGUCAUCUAUGGCCGAUGUUGAUAUCGCAUUUGACUGGACGCAAACCUUUACCUUUGACGACAACCACCACCUGUCAUAA